GAGGUCAUAGAAAGUGGGUGUGGCCAGGAGAGCAGCUAUGCUGAGCAGAGGGCAAUUUCUGCUACUCCAGCUUCUGUACACUUUUACAAAUCUCUCCGAGCUGAUCCUGAGUAGUCCUCUGCUUGUGACAGGUGAACACAGAUCUUCCUCCACUGGGCCUCCUUCCACCCCACUCAUCCCCAGCAGCACUCGUGCAGGAAACCCGGGGAAUGCCACCGAGGCGGAUUUGUCCCGACAUCAGCCGCUCUGGUUUGAUUAUCCCGACACAGAUGAGAAGAAGAUCCUUGCUGUUUACAAGCUCAUUGGAGAGCAGCCUGAGUAUAUUCCCCCAAGUUCAUUCCCUCACCAGCUGCGUUAUAUCCUAGUGGGAUCCAUUAUACUCAUCCUGCUGUUCUUCCUCUAUCAGAUCAUAUCGAAAGUGAUCUUCAAGAAGUCAAAUGCAGGAUAAACAUCCAGCUGAUCAGCAGAUACGGCUCUGUAGUCAGCCAACCACUCUUUGUCUUUUCCUCUGUUCAAUAAAAGGCUAUUGAAUGA